AUGAGCUACAGAUUUGGUCAGGGCUGUAGGGGAGAGGAGCUGGUGAUGCACAUCCAGACUCGGCUCGAGGACAUGUUCACCGUCUCACAUUUGGCUGAAAAUGGAUUUCUCCUCAAACACAUCCAGAAGAACAGAGAGGGCUUCGUCAGCCUCAAGCUGCUCACCUGCCUCAAGAAGAUAAGGGCCUUGACGAACAACUGGUACAUGACACUAGCGGCGGCAAUCUGCUCCUCUCAGCUGGAGGUCAGCCAGGACAUGUCCAAAGUGCGGAGCCUGAAUGCCUACCCCGGCUGGCUGCUCCGCGCUCCCACCAGCCGCCGGCUCAUGCUGUGGGACCUGCCCUCGGACUGGACCAGCCCUCUGCCCAGGACCCCCCAGACUCCGCGCCCCGGUCACACCUUACCCCAGCACAUCCUGCACAGACUCGGCUCCUACGGCAACAUCACGGCACUCUGGCUCCUGUCUCCGGGUCAAGAGCUGCCUGAGGAGCUCAAGUGUUACGCCAAACGCCACAAGGAGCUGGGCCAGAGUCUGUGCGCCGUGGUGAAGUACAGCACUUUGUCGGCGGUGAGGAAAGCCUACGACGACCUGAGCGGGGACCAGAUGGUGCGCACCGGAGAGGGCCUGAAUGUGGUGGCUUUAGGGUUUAAAUCUGUCUAUCUUACAAACACAGCGCUGGAAAACAAGGAAUAUGACAAAGAUUCAACUGUGAACUUUCCAGAGGCAAAGGAAAAGAUGCAGAAGGUGGAAAUGCAGGCGGUGGAAAAGCAGGAGGUGAAAAACCAGGAGGUGGAAAGGCAACAGGCGCCGGCGGAGGCUGCAGGGAGAAAGGAGUUUUGUGGAGCGACCGGAGACUCUGUGUACGGGCCGUGGCUGAGAAAGAGGAGGAAGGCCUGUGGCAAUAAAAACAUGGUGAGAGUGAUCCGCCAGCCCAGAGGACCGAGCGGGACCCGAGGAUUUCAUGUCAGACGGAAGAUAUCACCAUGA